AUGUGGCACCCAGGAGACGGGGCGCAGCUCAUUUCAGUUCGAGGUCAGGCUAAUGGAAGUCUGUGCUUAACAAGGGAAGAGGACAAGAAGAAGUAUGGGAAGAUGCGUGAUGUUGAGAUUCACGAAGGCCUCUUGCUUGUUCUUACAGAAAAGAGCUUUAGUUUGAUUUAUGAUGCACAGGAAAUCAUCAGGAUUUUCAAGUCAUCCCAGUAUACAUAUGCAAAGGAUAUGGUAGUAGAAGCACCUCCUCUGCUCUUUGCAGCUUACACACACAUGGACAUUCUUGGCUUAGGUGCUUGUCCAUGGGCCUAUAUCAGAGCCAUGUCAGAUUUGUUUGCAGAAGAUGUGUCAGCAAAAAAUAGGGACAGGAAUCAUGCCUGUAUGACUGACUCAAGGAGAGCAGAGAGUACAAAGGGAAUAGGAAUGGAAUGGUGGGUGUUACUGGAGGAAACUUGCCAGACAGUUCAUGACCUUGCUUCAGAGGAAUUGCUGGAAGGUGGACAAGUGAUGUGGGAAGACAGGAAUGAACAGCAAGUGUCUCCAGAUUAUUUAAUGUUUCAUCCAGAUGAUUCAAACAAACUUAUCCAUAUUAGGACUUCAAAAAUCAGGAUUUUAGCCAUCAAGGAGAGGAAUGGUAAGCGUUAUUUGGAGGAAGAAUUUACUUAUCCAGUGGAAAAAAAAGAUAAGAAUAAGGACAUUGCUAAGUACUCCCGUUCAGGGCGGCUGUUGAAAUCGAAGUUUGAAUGGGACUAUUCACUGAACAGAGCUCUUGCCUUCAAUGUUGAGACAGAGUUGAGGAUUCUUGCCAUUCUAGAAGCUCAAAGAGAUGAAAACUGUCGUACACACCUGGUGAAGGUUACAUUCUAUGACAGUUACUCUUAUGAAUUCCUUGAUGAACUGGACAUAUCUACCACGGUUGAUGGGGAUAUUGAGACCAACCGACUCAGUGUUCACAUGGACAGAGACAUCUUGAACAUUGUUGUGUAUAAAGGGAACCAGUACACCAUCUUUUCCUACCGCCUGAAGGAAAAAAUAGAGACGGAUGAAAAUGCACCCAAUAAAUUGAAAGUUGUUAAGAAGAUAAGAGAGAGAGAUGUCCAUAAUAGGAGGUCUGUCAGCUAUGCAGAAAGUGACAGUGAAAACAGUGAAGGUGGUAAUGUGAGAAGAAGACAAAGAGAGAGGAAUAGAAGGGAAAGAACACAAGGAAGAAGGAGAAGAAGGAGGCGGGCACAAGGGGAAUCUAGUGAAACUGAGGUGGAACAAGACUCUGACGAAUGGGUGCCAUAGUGCUUCUUCUCAUUUGUGAUAAUGGUGUAAACAAUUGUAGGUAUCAUUAAAUUUCUCUUUUUUUAUACAU